AUGUCUAAGAAAUACAUGUCCCGUCCACCAUAUUGUUUUGGAGAAAUCCCCGAUUACACUAUACCGCCCAUGACGGUAGAAGAGUACCAAUACUAUGAGAGAGAAUUCUUUGGAUUUCUAAAUGAAAAACCAGUUGACAAACAAGUAGAAGCUGAACCUGGAUUUGUCCAGAGAUUCCUUCAGUUAAUUGGUAUUUCACAGAUCUCCAAAUAUGAAGAUGAAGUACCAGAGAUAAAGUUCAAUGUUCAUCAAGUAUUAAACAGUAAUGAAACUUUCAACUCUAGAAUGCGUGGAACGGGUGAUUGUCUGAACGGUGGAGCUUCUGUUAACGUUGUAAGAACGGCAAACAAGGCUACACAGACUGAAGAGCUUGCUACGUCUGAUCACGGAGUUCAAACGGAAAAGCGUCAAAGAAGAUUUUUAAAAUCUUGCAGACGAUUCCUUCGAAGAUCUUUUAAGUGCCUCAAGACUGCCGAAGAGUAA